UCUCCAGAGCGGCAGCGGCUGCCUGCCAACCCCUCUCCCUCUCUCUCCUCCCCCUACGCUGGCUGCUGCCUCUGCAGGCUGCACCCUAAAGCAGCGAGCCUUUUUACCUCUCUUCCUACCACCCCACACCGCACACACCAUCUCCUCGUCUCGCCUCCACUUCUUGGCUGCGUAUCUCUCUCAAUCACCGCACCUCCUCCUCGAUUGCAACCCUCACUCUCCAGAGCCGCCGCCAUGUCGGGGCUCUACAGCCAGGGGUUCUCCCCUGCGCGAAACCUCUCCCCUCAGAUUAGAAGCAAUCCAGAUGUUGAUAGUCAGUACUUAGCUGAGUUGCUCGCCGAACACCAGAAGCUGGGGCCUUUCAUGCAGGUGUUGCCUAUAUGCAACAAGUUGUUGAGUCAAGAGAUUAUGCGGGUAUCAAGCAUUGUCCACAACCAUGGAUUUGGCGAUUUUGACAGGCAUCGAUUUAGAAGUCCUAGUCCAAUGUCUUCUCCAAACCUCAGAUCUAAUCUCCCUGGCAAUGGGUUCAGUCCUUGGAACGGAUUACAAGAGAGAUUAGGUUUUCCUCAAGGAACCAGUAUGGACUGGCAAGGAGCACCACCAAGUCCUAGCUCGCAUGUUGUAAAGAAAAUUCUUCGUCUGGAGGUCCCAGUUGAUUCUUAUCCGAAUUUCAAUUUUGUGGGGCGCAUUUUAGGACCUAGAGGUAAUUCUCUAAAGCGGGUAGAAGCAUCCACUGGAUGUCGUGUUUUCAUUAGAGGAAAGGGUUCCAUCAAAGAUCCAGGGAAGGAGGACAAACUACGAGGAAAACCAGGCUAUGAGCACCUGACUGAUCCGCUGCAUAUAUUGAUUGAGGCUGAGUUCCCUGCUAGUAUCAUCGAUGCAAGGUUGAGACAUGCACAGGAGAUUAUAGAAGAAUUGCUAAAACCCGUGGAUGAGUCCCAAGAUAUCUACAAAAGGCAACAGCUCAGGGAGCUGGCAAUGCUAAAUUCAACCCUGAGAGAGGACAGCCCUCAUCCUGGGAGCGUCUCUCCAUUCAGCAACGGUGGUAUGAAACGCGCAAAAACGGGUCAGUAGAGAAGCAAUUAUACCAUCCUACCUGGCACUGUCCAGGUGUGCUAUACCGUUGUCAUGGGAAUGCCAUGCCUUUGGGCAAUGUUUGUCAUGGGCAUGCGUGAAGGAAGCAAUGUGCCUUCACUAGCUGAGUCUGGUAUAAGUUAGUUUCCGCCUUCAGACAGGGGAAACUACUGGGAUGAUGAGAGUAGUCAUGGAUCGUUGGUUGGAUCCGGCUUGGUUGUUGUAUGGUCUAGAACAUUCGUUCUAUUUGUUAUUGACGGUUAACCCUAGUAUGUGGUGGUAUGGUGGUGAACUGCAAACUGCUUGUUAAACUAGAGAGGCCCGAGUGUGAGAGCUUUAGGUGUUUUAUUAACCUUGUAUCAUAACCUUUUAACAUUAUGGAGUUGCAAAAAAUAAAAAAAAAUAAGGAAAGGAUUGUCAGUUUGUACCUUC